AUGAGUCCGAAGCGCCGGUCAUCAUCCAGGUUGGUGGUGAAGACCACCAAGCAAGUUGUGAAGGAGACGGUUGAAGUCUCGGUGGUGCGGAGUAAGAAGAGGCAGAAGAAAGUGAAUGAUGAUGAACAACAAGAGCCAGUCGAGAGUACUAUUGCCUUCGAAACCAAAAAAGAAAACCAGACAGAGAAAAUAGAAGUCUCGGUUGAGAAAGAUCCUGCCAAGAGAGCUAUUGAAAGCCAAGAAGAAACUCAAAUUGCUGAAGAAGACAAAGAGCCAGAGGAAAUAAGGACUAUUCCUGUAGAGGUCCCCGGCAUGGAAACCCCAGAGAAACUAAGAGGAGCAACUCUGAGCGUUGACAAAGACGAAGAGCCUAAAGAACCAAGCACUGUUCUAGAUGACAAAGAGCCAGUCAGCAAUGAUGUUGUCACGGAAACUCAACUAGACAGUGAUGAAACUCAAAACUUUGAAGAAGACGGAGAGCAGGCCAGGACUAUUUCCAUGGAUAGCCAAGAAGGAAGUGAAACACAGAAUUUUGAAGAGACCCCUAUGACACCUGAAAAGAAAGAAGUAAACCAAUCAUCCAAGGUUGAAAAGGAGAAGAGUGAUGACGUCAAGCAAACCGGAGAUGGAGAGAAGAAAGACAAGAAGAGGAAGAGGAGAUCACCAGGGAAUAAAAGAGAGGGAGGAAAAGGGUAUAAGAGGUAUGUGUAUAAAGUGUUCAAGCAGGUGCACCCUGAACUGGGCAUGUCAGCAAAGGCCAUGGUGGUUCUCAACAAUUAUAUGAAUGACAUGUUCGAGAGGCUAGCUGGUGAGGCAGCAAAGCUCACCAUGUACACGUCUCGAAAGACACUGUCUUCGAGGGAGAUUCAAGGGGCAGUGAAGCUGGUUUUGCCUGGGGAGCUUGGGAAACAUGCCAUGGCAGAAGGGACCAAGGCUGUGAGCAACUACUUGUCCAAGAACGCAGCGAUGUCCCAUAAGUCUUGAUUAGUCUCUAAUAUUUCCUUCCAUUUUAGUUUGUUCGUCUUGUUUUUGUAGGGUAGUUAGUUCUGUUGAGUGAAGUAUAGUCUUAAUUUUAAUUUUUUCUGCUUUCUGACUUGUGGAACA